GCAAACUCAAAAUGAGAUUUUGUAGUAUAUCAAAAUUAUACUUGUCUUUUUCAAAAUGAGUUCAGUCUUUAUCAAAAUGAGUUCAGAAUACAGAAACUAGGGCAAUGUUAUACAUGCACAUCGAUUUUUUUAUAAACUUUUCCAACGAAACCAAACACAACGUAACAUUGAAUUUCAUUUCAAACACUUCUUUUCUGUUUUGAAAGGUAACUCUUCACAAGGUAGUGAUGGAACAGGGGUUAGCCCCUCUGAAAGAACACCUCAACGCUCCACCUCAAAGUACGGCUCCCGUAAUCUGACACCCCCUCGUCCCAAAUACAGUCCCGAGAAGGUGCGGUUCUCAAAACCUCCUUCGGACAUUUCGGGCGCCUCGGAAUCACCCGUAACGAUGACGGAGUAUUCCGAAUCAUCUACAGAAAAUUCCCAGAAUUCUUUGCCCGAACUCGGUGCGUGGCAAAUUUCGGAGGAAUUCAAUCUAAUCUCAAAACACAAGCUUGUCGUGGAGCAGAGAACACGUGACAAGGAGAGCCAAUCACCACAAGAUGAAGAAACGUCUCCUGGGGACACGGGUGUAUGGCCGGCACUCUUUGGGGAUAGUACGUCUAUCUUCAACGCCAACAAAAACGAAAUUGACACAGAAAAGGAACAGCCCAUGUGCGGCUUAUUUGAGAAGGCCGAGCGAAAGCAUUUCUCACAACGCAGAAUUCUCGCUGGACUCAGUCCAUCGGAGGUGAAAGCGAGCAGAGAUAUAUUCGAAGGCGAUGAUGCCGAGGAUAUAUUUGCCUAAUGCACAAUAUGUGACCUAGUUUAUUUUGUGUUUGUAAUAGAGCUGUUUUAAUCAAUGUAAACAAAAAAAUCUUCGUUGACAAAUAGUACAUUGGUUAGAAAA